UCAUGUUCACGCUCACACUACUCGUCAACUGUCUGUCCUGACAAGAGUGAGACAUCAGAUGUCCGCGGGAAAUAUGGACCAUGAGAGGAAAAGAAAAAUGAAGGAGCAAUGUGCCCUGAGGAAGGACAUCAUCAAAGAGUUCCUGGCAGAAUUUCUGGGGAUAUUCGUCUUAAUACUCUUUGGAUGUGGCUCGGUGGCCCAGACGGUGCUGAGUAAGGGAGCUCUGGGAGAACCCCUGACCAUCCACAUCGGCUUCACUCUGGGGGUGAUGAUGGCCGUCUACGUGGCUGGGGGAGUUUCAGGGGCCCAUGUGAACCCAGCAGUCUCCCUGGCCAUGGUGGUCCUGGGCAAGCUGCCAAUAAAGAAGUUCCCUGUCUACGUGGCAGCACAGUUCCUGGGUGCCUUUGCUGGAUCUUGUGCUGUCUAUGGGUUGUAUUAUGAUGCCUUAAUGGAACACACAGGAGGAGUUAUGCAAGUUACUGGCGUCAAUGCCACAGCUAAUAUAUGGGCAUCCUACCCUGCCAAGCACAUCUCAGUCCUUGGAGGAUUCGUAGACCAGGUAAUAGGAACAGCUGCCUUGAUCCUGUGCAUUCUGGCCAUUAUUGAUGGGAAGAACAUUGGAGCUCCUAAAGGGAUGGAGCCACUGUGCAUUGGCCUGAUCAUCAUGGCCAUCGGAGUGUCCAUGGGACUCAACUGUGGCUAUCCCAUCAACCCUGCUAGAGACCUGGGCCCAAGGCUCUUCACUGCUGUGGCCGGUUGGGGCAUGGAGGUGUUCCGUGCUGGAGGCUGCUGGUGGUGGAUCCCAGUAGUGGGGCCCAUGGUGGGAGGAGUGGUGGGAGCCGCCGUUUACUUCCUGUUCAUCGAGCUGCACCAUGCCGAGCCUGAGAAACAGGGGGAGAACAACGUCAAGGACAAAUACGAGAUGGUCACCCUGAGUUAGACAAAGAGGCCAUGAGCACCAAUGGUACUGAGGCUUGGCAGCUUCCUACCCCUUUAACCCUCAACAGGCUAAACAUUCACCUCAAUGAGGCCACACUUGACACAACCUUCUCUGCUUGCACUAGAGUCAUUUCCUCUGUCUAAGGGACCUGAGGUCAGGUCUCAGUCUCUGCACUCUCAUGGACAGGUCUGCUGAAAGAAUGCCAGUUGAGCCAACACAUAAAAAAUGAAAAGAUGUAUGUAAUGUUAAAUUCACAAUCACAAGCUGAGAUCUCAGGCAUGUUUACUAGCCCAUGACAUCAUCAUCAGGUGUUCAGACUAUCCAUUCUACUGUGAGGAUAGUUCCUGAGUACAGUGAUUUUUAAGAAUUUAUAUUGCAUUUCUUGUAUAGGGAUAUUUUUCAUUGCAGGAGGAAUUUUCCAAGUUUGAAACCGUCUCAAUAUUUUCUCUUUCAGGCAGAGGCAAUGGUAAAUGUUAUUAACAACACCAAUGGUAAAUGUUAUUAACAACACCAAUGGUAAAUGUUAUGAACAACACCAAUGGUAAAUGUUAUUAACAACACCAAUGGUAAAUGUUAUUAACAACACCAAUGGUAAAUGUUAUUAACAACACCAAUGGUAAAUGUUAUUAACAACACCAAUGGUAAAUGUUAUUAACAACACCAAUGGUAAAUGUUAUUAACAACACCAAUGGUAAAUGUUAUUAACAAUACCAAUGGUAAAUGUUAUUAACAACACCAAUGGUAAAUGUUAUUAACAACACCAAUGGUAAAUGUUAUUAACAACACCAAUGGUAAAUGUUAUUAACAACACCAAUGGUAAAUGUUAUUAACAGCACCAAUGGUAAAUGUUAUUAACAACACCAAUGGUAAAUGUUAUUAACAACACCAAUGGUAAAUGUUAUUAACAACACCAAUGGUAAAUGUUAUUAACAACACCAAUGGUAAAUGUUAUUAACAACACCAAUGGUAAAUGUUAUUAACAACACCAAUGGUAAAUGUUAUUAACAGCACCAAUGGUAAAUGUUAUUAACAACACCAAUGGUAAAUGUUAUUAACAACAUAGAAAAUAGCCACUAACAGUUUCAGUGAUGGAAGGAAGGAAGUGUGUAUAUUUUUUGUCAUUGAGCUAGUUUAAUGGUAUGCUCUCUGGAGUGUCUUCCAUCUUCUGCUUCACUUCAUCCAUCUAUUUGUUACAGUUAUGUGAAUCGCUCUGCCUGCUGUGACAUACAGCCUCAUCACUGCAUGUGUGCUAUAGCUAACACACAUCUAUGUAUUUGUGCUUUGAAAAGCUCAUAGUCUUGUUUCCUAGCUUUUAUUUUUAGAGGGCAGAAAAAAACAGCCUUAAUGUGUGUGAAAUUAGCCUCCCACCAUUCUGUGUGUACUCUCUCUCUCUCGUGGAGCACAGAACUGUGUAUCGUGACACGGCAUCACUUCUAAAUUAUUUUUAUCUGACUUUUAUUUCCUCUUAUAUAACGUUCCUGCUGUCGUGUGCACACAUUUUCAUAGAAGCGUAAGUAGGGGAGCCUAGUAUCUACAGUACCAUUGGACAUGUUUUAAUAAACAAAAUACUGUAUGAAGAGUCCAAUGAGAGAUAGUUUACCCCACUGGCCAGUGGCCAUAUGGGAAUGUAUAAAAAUUGUUUGUUUAUCGUAAUCAUUGCGUUAUUCCUCCAAUGAUGUGACUAGGAUUUAACCACUGAGGAACUCCUACACUAUGACCUAUAGUGAACUGGACAAUAACAGAAUAACAUCAGUGCAACUUCCAAGAAUAGAGCCCUUCAACUCAGACAAAAACACUCAAAUGAACACUCAAGUGAUGUUAUUUAGCCAUGGGUGGGCAGAGCAACAUGGAUGGGCAGAGGAACAUGGGUGGACAGAGGAGCAUGGGUGGACAGAGGAACAUGGUUGGACAGAGGAACAUGGGUGGACAGAGGAACAUGGGUGUGCAGAGGAACAUGGAUGAGCAGAGGAACAUGGGUGGACAGAGGAGCAUGGGUGGACAGAGGAACAUGGGUGGACAGAGGAGCAUGGGUGGACAGAGGAACAUGGAUGAGCAGAGGAACAUGGGUGGGCAGAGCAACAUGGAUGGGCAGAGGAACAUGGGUGGACAGAGGAACAUGGGUGGACAGAGGAACAUGGGUGGACAGAGGAACAUGGUUGGACAGAGGAACAUGGGUGGGCAGAGCAACAUGGAUGGGCAGAGGAACAUGGGUGGACAGAGGAACAUGGGUGGACAGAGGAACAUGGUUGGACAGAGGAACAUGGGUGGACAGAGGAACAUGGGUGUGCAGAGGAACAUGGAUGAGCAGAGGAACAUGGGUGGACAGAGGAGCAUGGGUGGACAGAGGAACAUGGGUGGACAGAGGAACAUGGGUGUGCAGAGGAACAUGGGUGGGCAGAGGAACAUGGGUGGGCAGAGGAACACUAGUUCCCUAUUCCCAUAAGAGCCCUCACUAAUGGAACACAUAGCAUUUUAUAACCUGUAUGUGGCUUACUACUGAACCAGAUAUAAUUCGUAAGGAAUAAUAAAGCUCUUUAGAAAUGAUUUUCUAUAUUACUUAGUGGUUUAGUUGCUGUAGUUUCUUAUUGUAGUUCAUUUUUUGUUUAAAACAAUUGCUACAUGUACUUUGGAUGACUACAUGACGCUAGCUUGAUUCUCCUGAGAUUCAACCAUUGGAUGACUACAUGACGCUAGCUUGAUUCUCCUGAGAUUCAACCAUUGGAUGACUACAUGACGCUAGCUCGAUUCUCCUGAGAUUCAACCAUUGGAUGACUACAUGACGCUAGCUUGAUUCUCCUGAGAUUCAACCAUUGGAUGACUACAUGACGCUAGCUUGAUUCUCCUGAGAUUCAACCAUUGGAUGACUACAUGACGCUAGCUUGAUUCUCCUGAGAUUCAACCUUUAGCUGACUACAUGAUGCUAGCUUGAUUCUCCUGAGAUUCAACCAUUGGAUGACUACAUGACGCUAGCUUGAUUCUCCUGAGAUUCAACCAUUGGAUGACUACAUGACGCUAGCUUGAUUCUCCUGAGAUUCAACCAUUGGAUGACUACAUGACGCUAGCUUGAUUCUCCUGAGAUUCAACCAUUGGAUGACUACAUGACGCUAGCUUGAUUCUCCUGAGAUUCAACCAUUGGAUGACUACAUGACGCUAGCUUGAUUCUCCUGAGAUUCAACCUUUAGAUGACUACAUGAUGCUAGCUUGAUUCUCCUGAGAUUCAACCUUUAGAUGACUACAUGAAGCUAGCUUGAUUCUCCUGAGAUUCAACCAUUGGAUGACUACAUGAUGCUAGCUUGAUUCUCCUGAGAUUCAACCAUUGGAUGACUACAUGAUGCUAGCUUGAUUCUCCUGAGAUUCAACCUUUGGAUGACUACAUGAUGCUAUCUUGAUUCUCCUGAGAUUCAACCAUUGGAUGACUACAUGAUGCUAGCUUGAUUCUCCUGAGAUUCAACCUUUGGAUGACUACAUGAUGCUAGCUUGAUUCUCCUGAGAUUCAACCAUUGGAUGACUACAUGAUGCUAGCUUGAUUCUCCUGAGAUUCAACCUUUAGAUGACUACAUGAUGCUAGCUUGAUUCUCCUGAGAUUCAACCAUUGGAUGACUACAUGAUGCUAGCUUGAUUCUCCUGAGAUUCAACCUUUAGAUGACUACAUGAAGCUAGCUUGAUUCUCCUGAGAUUCAACCAUUGGAUGACUACAUGAUGCUAGCUUGAUUCUCCUGAGAUUCAACCAUUGGAUGACUACAUGAUGCUAGCUUGAUUCUCCUAAGAUUCAACCUUUGGAUGACUACAUGAUGCUAGCUUGAUUCUCCUGAGAUUCAACCUUUAGAUGACUACAUGAUGCUAGCUUGAUUCUCCUGAGAUUCAACCUUUAGAUGACUACAUGAAGCUAGCUUGAUUCUCCUGAGAUUCAACCAUUGGAUGACUACAUGAUGCUAGCUUGAUUCUCCUGAGAUUCAACCAUUGGAUGACUACAUGAUGCUAGCUUGAUUCUCCUGAGAUUCAACCAUUGGAUGACUACAUGAUGCUAGCUUGAUUCUCCUGAGAUUCAACCAUUGGAUGACUACAUGAUGCUAGCUUGAUUCUCCUGAGAUUCAACCUUUAGAUGACUACAUGAUGCUAGCUUGAUUCUCCUGAGAUUCAACCUUUAGAUGACUACAUGAUGCUAGCUUGAUUCUCCUGAGAUUCAACCUUUAGAUGACUACAUGAAGCUAGCUUGAUUCUCCUGAGAUUCAACCAUUGGAUGACUACAUGAUGCUAGCUUGAUUCUCCUGAGAUUCAACCAUUGGAUGACUACAUGAUGCUAGCUUGAUUCUCCUGAGAUUCAACCAUUGGAUGACUACAUGAUGCUAGCUUGAUUCUCUUGAGAUUCAACCAUUGGAUGACUACAUGAUGCUAGCUUGAUUCUCCUGAGAUUCAACCUUUAGAUGACUACAUGAUGCUAGCUUGAUUCUCCUGAGAUUCAACCAUUGGAUGACUACAUGACGCUAGCUUGAUUCUCCUGAGAUUCAACCAUUGGAGGAGUACAAUGUUUUAUGGCUGUUGUUUUUUUGUUGCUUCACUUGGCUUAAGAAAAGAUAAAAGGCACUUUUCCUCACACAAUUUUUCUCAGAUGCUAUUUGAUAAAAGUUACUUGUUUGUGAAGGUCAUUUUGUAAUUUAUACAACUGUAAUGUAGAUUUGACAAAAAUACAUAUGUGUAUUUCUUUCUUA